CAUUAUUUGCGUUCGUAUACAGUUAUUUAUAGUAUUUUAUGCUUUGGCGUUCAUUUCUAUUUAGGCAGUGCAACCCGUUUUCCCGCGCAGUCUGCUGAGGUAACUAAAUCAGCUUGUAUUAGUCGGCUCCUCAGCUAAUUAACGUUAAAUGUUCAAAACUUGAUUUAACGUUUGAUCAUAUCAUUAAUUUUUCUUUAAAAAAAACGGCAAUAUCAGUAGUUUAUUAUGCCAUGGUUUCUGACAAUAGACUAUGUACUGUAAAUUUUACAUUACAUUUAUUGCAUUGUGAAAUUGCUUAGAAGCGUCUGUGAGUUGUUACAUAGCAAGCUAAUUUGGUAUGUUUUUGCUUCGCUUAGAAACUUUAGAUUCCAUGUGAUAUUGACACCUGCGUUGUGUUUGUCUUACGUAACGUUAAUGGAUUAGCUAACAUUAACGUAACGUUACACCUUGUGAAUUAGAUGCGCGGGGACGAAGCGAUGAAAGACUUGGUUUGGUUCCAUUUUGUUUUGCCGCGCUGCUUACGUCUGAUGUAGACGGUGUUUAUAGUUUAAACAAAAUCCGCCAUUUUCCCAAUUCCAACGGUUGAGUGUGUGUGUGCGUGCGUGCGUGUGUGUGUAAUAUUUUACACUAUUGGCCUACUACUGCGUUGUAAUUGUGCCCGUGUUUCCUAGAAAAUGACGUAGAUGGAGAAACGGUGGACUAUGGACUCACUGAAGCCAUGGUUGGAUACCUUUUUGAUGGCUCGUUCAAAAGGCAAAUUCAAUUUCAACAGUUUGUGCGCCAAUACGAGGAGGCUCAGACCAUUGUCAUAUUAGAGCCAGUACCAGUUGAGUCUACGGCAGAGCUCCAACCUCCUUCCACAAGUGGUGAACCAGCUCACAGGAGACUACCUGUUGUGACUGUUAUUCCAACCUUCCCUAAGGAUGUGCAGGCGAGGCUUGAUGCCAAAGAAUCAUGUCAGAAAGUGCCAAAACUACUCAAUAAAAUAAUCAGAGUGCUUUAUGAAAUGAUGGCAGAAUACACUAUGUAUCCAACCAAUGCAGAGUAUGUCCAAGUUGCCAAGGCAGUGAUUGUGAAAUACCCUUUUCUGAAAGAUAAUGAGGGAAAUGGCUAUCACACCUGGCACAUGUCCCUAAAGCGAAGAUUUAAAGCAGAACGUGCACCACUUGUCAGUGACACUGAAGUCAGAAAGCUGAAAGAGAAGUUUGGCCACAAAAAGCAGUCUAAAGCCACCGUUGCAACUUCAAUGCAGGACAAUUUAAGAUAG